GUUUUUUUUCUGAUUAACACGUUUUUUUGUUUAAUUGGCACGUGAAAUGUUACACUAACAGUGCCCAUUGAAGCAGACAGAGCCCUUCAGUAAAUGAAACGUGUUUUACUCAAACUCCAUUUGUACUGAAAGUAAAAAUUAAAACAUUUCCGAGUUCGCUCUUUGCUUUACGGCACGGCCCACUGUAUCUGGUCGCCUCACGACACUUCACGACAUACGGGGCGUACUUUACGACAUACGGGUACGAGCUUUACGACAUACGGUGUUCGAGCUUUACGACACACAGGGCGUGCUUUACGGCUUACUGGCCGCGCUUUACGACAUACAAACACAUGACGGCUUCACGACACUCCCUUCGGUUUGCUGUUCACGACACUUUACGGCGCUGCUUUACGACUUACCCCGUGAUCCGAGUCGCCGUCUCACCACGUGACCCGUGCCAGGUUGGGUGCACACGGAGCAGUGCGCGUCACGUGGGCAUCGCUGCGUCCUGCUGGCGGGAGGAGGUCACGGGACAGACCCAGAAGUCGUCCUCUUCAUCUCCUCGUCUCUCCAGACGGGGCUGUCAGCCGCCCUUCUUCCCUCCUGUCUACGGCUCCCGUCAUGGGGGGCCUCUUCAUGGACGCCACGGGCGAUCGACCGCAGUUCUUCCUGCACGGCAAGGAGCAGGCGGAGGAGGAGGUGGAGGAGGUGGUGGGAAAGUCGACCCCCGGAUCGCGAGAGGUGGACACCCACGCGGUGGUGGUCGCCGUGAAGGCGUGCGGCCUCAGCCCCGUGCCGUGCGCGCUCCUUGCGCGACUCAAGAUGCAGCAGUCCCCGCAGCCCGUGGGGCGGGAGGUGGCGGGGACGGUGGCCGCCGUCGGAGCGCUGGUGACGUUCUUCAAGCCCGGCGAUGAAGUCGUGGGUAAGGAGGCCCUGGCUCGAUACCUCUCGCGCGCUCGCUCACUCACACGCUCACACUCGCUCACACGCUCACACACACUCGCUCGUACACACACGCUCGCUUACAUGCUCAAAUACGCUCACUCGCUGGCUCACACGCUCGCUCACACACUCACACACACACACUUGCUCGUACACACGCUGGCACACACACUCGCUCACUCACAUGCUCAAAUACGCUCACACGCUCGCACACACACUCACUCACA